AUGAGUGGUGGAUGCUGCGACCUUCGUAAACGCUGGGACGACUUAGUUGGUAAACCAGAAAAGGAAGCAGUGGAAACGAUCAAACGCGAUGGAGAACGAAACAUUGAGGUAGUUGACGAUGGCACGCCUGAAGCUGAUGCUGCAAUCAAAAGUGGCGUUGUACGUGUUAUUUUAGACGAAAAGAAGAACGUGAAAUAUCCUCCCCUUCGACAAGAUUAA